AUGCUGAGGUUGAAGGUGACGGGCCUGCUACGUCGCCGGUGCGUGCACACGGCGGCGCGACAGAGCGAUGUGGUCGUGAUUGGUGCGGGCGUCGUGGGCAUGGCGAUGCUGGCGGGACUGGUGUCGAGUCAGCGCAUGGCGCCGAUGCACGUCACGAUGAUCGAUGCGAACCAGGUGCACGGCUACGGCGGAUGGAUGGAUCGGAUGCGGGAGCGCACGCGAGCGGCAACGGACCGGCACGACGGCAUUCCCUGGGAGAACCGGGUGAUUAGUAUGACGGCGGAGAAUCUCGGCUGGCUGCGCACGAUCGGUGCGGAGGCGUACCUGGAUGCGAGCCGUAUGCGCGCCGUCGAUCGGAUCCGCGUGUGGGACGGCUUGACGGAUGCGGCCGCCGAGUUUUCGAACGAAACAACGCUUUCGACGAUGGUUGAGCUGUCGAAUUUGCAGCAGGCGCUGUACCGCUACGUGCAGGACCGCUUGCCGCGCAGCCGCCUGCGCCUCACGAUCCAAGACGCCGCGCGAGUCGCGCGCAUCGAGGCUGAUACGCCGGACGACUGGCCGCGCAUCACCUUUCAGGACGAGGCGGGCGAGCAUGUGGUGCGCACGCGCCUGCUGGUGGGCGCGGAUGGCGCGCGCUCGCCGGUGCGGACGUUUGCGGGUAUUGAGAGCUAUGGAUGGUCGUAUGGAUGCAAGGGCCUCGUGGCGACGCUGCGCACGGGUCUGCACACGCGCAGCGCGGAGCCUGUGGUCGACACGAUGGCGUGGCAGCGGUUCAUGCCGACGGGCACCCUGGCGUGCCUCCCGCUCUCGCCGACAGCCGGCACGAUUGUGUGGGCGCUGCCGCCCGAGUUGUGUGAUCCGAUCGUCGCGAUGCAUCGAGCGGCGCGCGUGCAUUGCGACGGCACGUCGAGUGUGCUGGCGACGCUGAUAUCCGCGGCGUUCCGUCUGCCAUGGGCGCUCCUCGAGCCGAUCCUGUAUGGCGUGAGCACGACGGCGCCCGAGGCCUUGGAGCGGCGCGUCCUGGACGUCAUGGCGUCGUAUGAGCAGAGCGGCGCGGCGCCCAGCGCCUUUACCGGCGCGGUGCCGCCCUGGGGCGACGCCGUCGAUGCGCGUGGCGUCGCGAGUUUCCCGCUGCAGCUCAAGCAUGCGGGAUGCUACAUCGGCAGCCGUCUGCAGCACCCAGGCCCGCUCUCCACGGCGCUCACGGCGGCGCUCACGGCGCUGUCCCUGACGCCGGGCGGCGCCGCGCGCGGGGGCGGACAGGGCCGCACCGUGCUCGUCGGCGACGCGGCGCACUCGACGCAUCCCCUCGCCGGCCAGGGCCUGAACAUGGGCCUGCAGGACGUGCGUGCGCUGUGCGAGGCCCUGCAGGAUGCCUCGCUGCAUGGCAUGGAUAUCGGCACGCACCAGGCGCUGCAGCCGUACGAGCGCGCGCGCUACCUGCCGAAUCAGAUCAUGCUGAGUGUCACGGACCAUCUGCACUGGCUGUUUGCGACGCGCCCCGCCUCGCCGUACACGCAUCCGAUGCAUCCGCUACAGCGCAGCCUACGGGAACAGGCGCUCCGCGCGCUGGUCUGGGCGCGCUCGACGGGGCUGGACGUCGUGAAUGAGCUCGGGCCGCUCAAGCGCCUGCUGACCGCCGGCGCCGGCUCGGCUCGGUCGUAG